UGAACGGUUUUUUAUUUGUAUUUUGCUUUCGUUUUCUCCCGUGCCCAAGUGAAAACCAGCCGGUAUGGAUUGACCGAUUCACAUGUCCCGAAUUCUGUUUUGCUGCAGAUGGGUUUCAGUUAUUAGCAAUAGCCGCACCCAGGCCCUUGAGAAAGCGUUCGGUGACAGCGAAAAGAAUGAGCUGCGCCUUAGUAUAGUAAAACAAGUUCAGCGGUUACCUGGCAAUGAUACAUGCGCAGACUGUACCUCUAAAGAUCCCACAUGGUUGUCGACGAACCUCGGCGUCUUGACGUGUAUCGAGUGCUCAAGAGUUCAUCGCGGGAUGGGUGUCCACGUUUCUAGGGACCAGUCCAUCACGCUCGACAAUAUAGCCACCGCUGAACUGCUCGUGACUAAUGAGUUUUUAUUUUUAUUUUGGGAACCCUUUGGUUUUGUCAGACCCUCGAUAAUAUUGUUCAACUAUUGUUUGUUUAAUGUUUAACCAUUUAGAGUUUAACUGCGUGCAAUUUGAGUAAGACACGAGGAAGUGGAGACAAGUAAAGUCCUUGUUUGGGAA